AUGUACAUCACCCUCUACUACAUAGUCACUCGCCUCCCUGACUCUCUCCGCGUAGUCAGAAACCACUUCCUCUCAAUUUUCCCCACCACUCUCACCGUUGACCUCCUCGGGAAGGCCCUCCUAGCAGCAGAGAAGAGCAUAGUCACUGUAGGAGCCGCUCGUGGUGACCCUCGCACCCCCGUCUUUGAGGGGUGUUCUCCCUCCCCCCUCUUGCCCUCUGUUGCCUCUGCUGCUGCGGCCGACCUCGUUGGUUUCGAGUCGGACGGCGCUGCGUCUGCCCCGAGCGGGAGACGCCACACCGGCAAGGGCAAGGGGGGCAAGGGCGCUGGAGGGGCUGGCGGGGGCGGUGGAGGUGGUGGUGGAGGCAGUGGAGGGGGUGGGGGUGGUGGUGGGAGUGGUGGCGGGGGUGGAGGUGUCGGUGGCAGCAGUGGAGGCGGAGGAGGCGGCGGCGGUGGCGGAGGGAGCGGAGGCGGCGGAGGUGGUGGAGGCGGCGGAGGCGGCGGAGGUGGCGGAGGCGGCGGCGGCAGCAGUGAACCAGGUCGCAGCUCUGCGCAGAGGAGUGGCUCCGGUGGAGGUACGCGCCAACAGCAGCAGCGCAGUCGUGAGACCCUGUCCCCUCAGCAGCUUCGUGAGUGGUACGAUGCGCGUCAGCGCGGUGGGGGUACGAGUCCCUGCACCUACGUUCUCCGCACCGGCGACCGCGCUGGUGAGCAGGCGGGGGUUGCUAUCUUUGAUCUUGACUUUGAUGCUAUUCUUGCUGCCAUGUAUGCUGUUGCUGAUAGUGUUGAGGGUGACUCUUACCUGUGUGUUCCGCCUGACCCGGGCAUUGAGACAACUGCUCUAGGUGCUGGUGAGGUUGCUGCUCUAGGUGCUAGCGCGUCUGCUGCCCCAGGUGCUGGUGAGUCUGCCCUCUCAGGUACCACGUCGGCUCAGGCUUUACACACCUUCACCCUUGACUCGGGUGCUUCUCGCUCCUUCUUUCGAGACAGCACCCUGGCGGACCCCUCUGGGGGUCCUGUCCUUGCUCGCUUCUCCACUGUCUUACCGUGUCCGGCAGCCCCCUCUGGCACCCUGUCAGGUCUCUACCUCCCCUCGUUCUCUACGAACUUGGUGAGUGGAGCUGAUCUACAGGAUAGGGGGGUUGACCAGUUCACUCCUGCGAGACAGCGGGUGACCCACUGCACGUGUGCUCGGACAGGCCGACACUUGGCCACGUUCACCCAUCGGCCGAGGUCGAGCCUGUACACCCUCACUACUGAGUCUCCUCCGGCUGCUGAGCCUGGUCAAGUCGCUGUGUCGAGUCAGGUGUUUGCUGCAGCGUCCAGGUCUAGUCCUGAGUCUGCUCCCUGCUCGUGUCGUCUCCUGUCUCACCAGACUCUCCUUUGGCACCACCGCCUUGGUCACCCCUCUAUGCCUCGUCUCCGAGGCAUGGCCUCCCGUGUCCUUGUCUCUGGUCUCCCCCGGUCUCUCCCUCCUCUACCUCCGAGGCCUGCCCCUACCUGCGUCCCCUGCGUCGAGGGGCGACAGCGCGCCGCCCCUCACUCCUCCGAGUUUCCUCCGACAAAGGCUCCGCUGCAGACUCUUCACAUGGACGUGUGGGGCCCCGCCCGCGUCCGUGGCCAGGGGCACGAGCAUUACUUCCUGUUGGUGGUUGACGACUACUCGCGUUACACCACGGUCUUCCCCUUGCGCAGUAAGGGCGACGUCACUGAGACCUUCACGCUUCCGGCCUCUCCACAGCAAAAUGGGAUUGCUGAGCGCCGCAUUGGCAUGGUCAUGGACGUCGCUCGUACGUCCAUGAUCCAUGGGGCAACCCCCCAUUUUCUGUGGCUGUUUGCGGUUCAGUACGCGGCGCAUCAGCUCAACCUUCAGCCCCGGGUCUCCUUGCCAGAGACCUCCCCCACCUUGCGGUGGACGGGGAAGGUUGGCGAUGCGUCUGCAUUUCGGGUCUGGGGAUCUCGGGCGUUUGUCCGCGACUUGUCUGCGGACAAGCUGUCCCCCCGUUGUGUUCCCUGCGUCUUCCUUGGCUUCCCCCCUGACGCGCCUGGAUGGCAGUUUUACCACCCCACCUCGCGCCGUGUUCUGUCCUCCCAGGACGUCACCUUUGACGAGUCGGUGCCUUACUACCGUCUCUUCCCCUACCACACUGUGCCCCUCCCCCUGCCGCCGCUCUUCCUUGCGCCAGACGCAGUCGAGCCUGUCGAGGUAGCUGUUGGCUCUGGUGCUGCUAGAGGUGCUGAGCAUGCGGGUGCCGGGUCUAGAGGUGCUGAGCCUGGGGGUGCGGAGCCUGGGGGUGCUGAGUCUGGGGGUGCUGAGCCUGGGGGUGCUGAGUCUGGGGGUGCUGAGCCUGGGGGUGCUGAGCCUGGGGGUGCUGAGCCUAGGGGUGCUGAGCCUGGGGGUGCGGAGCCUGGGGGUGCUGGGUCUGCUCGUGUGGCCUCUCGUGGUGCUUCGUCGAGGCGGGAGCUACUCUCUCAGCAGGAGCUGCGCGAGUGGUUUGCUCGCCGCUGGAGCCGUGCUGCUGGAGCUGGUCCUACUGUUGCUACUGGUCCCGGAGGUGCUCGUACUGGCGGUGCUGGAGCUGCUUGGCCUGGGGGUGCUGCUGGGGCUGCUGGAGUUGGUGCUGCUAGAGCUGCUGGAGCUGGAGCUGCUAAGGGUGUUGGCGCUGGUGGUUCUGCUGGCGCUGGUGCGUCUGAGGAUGCUGGAGUUGGCGCUGUUGGAGCUGGAGGUGCUGGUGGCGCUGGUGCUACCGCUGGGGGUACUGGUGCUGUCCCUGCUGGUUCUGGAGGCGCUGCGCGGCCGCCGCCGUACUUCGUUCCGCUCCUUGAGCAGGCGAUCGAGGGUCCCUACUCCUCUCAGUGGCAGUCAGCCAUGGACGCAGAGAUGGCUUCGUGGAAGUCCACAGGCACCUACGUUGACGAGGUUCCCCCACCUGGGGCGAACAUCGUCAGUGGCAUGUGGAUUUUCAGGGUGAAGCGGCCGCCGGGUUCUCCACCUGUCUUCAAGGCGCGUUACGUGACUCGAGGCUUCAGUCACCGGCAGGGAGUUGACUACUUUCAGACCUUCUCUCCCACCCCGAAGAUGACCACUCUUCGGGUGCUGCUGCACAUAGCCGCUCAGCGCGACUACGAGCUUCACUCUCUUGACUUCAGCACAGCUUUCUUGCAAGGCAGCCUGCACGAGGAGAUCUGGCUGCGCCGCCCACCUGGCUUCACUGGGUCGUUUCCUCCAGGUACCCAGUGGAGCCUCCGGCGGCCACUCUACGGUCUCUGCCAGGCGCCCCGUGAGUGGCACGACACACUGAGGACUACACUUGCGGCUCUUGGGUUUGCUCCUUCUACAGCCGACCCGUCGCUGUUUCUGCGCACCGACACCUCUUUGCCGCCGUUCUACAUCCUCGUGUACGUCGACGACUUGGUCUUUGCCACUGCUGACACUGCUGGACUCGCCCACGUGAAGUCCGAGCUGCAGAAGAGACACACGUGCACAGACAUGGGUGAACUGCGCAGCUACCUUGGCUUGAAGAUCACCUGGGACAAAGCACAGCGCUCCAUUACCCUAACUCAGUCACACAUGGUGCAGCAGGACCUUCAGCGCUUCGGCUUCACGUACUCCUCGCCUCAGGCCACUCCUCUGUCUACUCGCCACUCGCUCUCAGCUCUGCCUUCAGAUGAGUCCGUAGAGCUGAGUGGCCCGUACCCAGAGCUUGUUGGCUGCCUCAUGUACCUGAUGACCUGCACAUGA